GGGUUAGUUCACCACUAUCUCAAACAACUCAGGGGAAGGUCGUGAAGAGAAUUGUUAUUAAUGAUCCCAACUUUUGGCCACAUGUUGCAUUUUGUGUUAAGAGUGUUGUUCCUCUUGUAAGUGUGUUAAGGGAAGUUGAUUCGGAGGAGAGAUCGGCCAUGGGAUAUAUUUAUGAACUUAUGGAUAAGGCAAAAGAGACAAUAAAAUUUAAUUGUGGGGGAGUUGACAGAAAAUACAAACCCAUUUGGAAAAAAAUUGAUUCAUGAUGGACUCCACAACUUCAUCAUCCUCUACACGCGGCCGGGUACUAUUUGAAUCCGCAAUUGCGUUAUGAAGAAAGAUUUUCUUAUUGUGAUGAAGUUAGAGAUGGAUUGUAUACUUGCAUGGAUAGGAUGUUGUCUUCUGAUGAUCGUCUUAAAGCAGACAUCCAAUUGGACUUAUAUAAUAAAGCUGAAGGAGAAUUUGGAACUCCAAUAGCAAAACGAACAAGAAUGUUGCGAACUCCGGUCUCGUGGUGGGAACGUUUUGGAAGUAAGACACCCGAGCUUACUACAUUUGCAAUUCGAGUGCUUGGUCUCACUUGUAGUGCUUCGGGAUGUGAAAGAAAUUGGAGCACUUUUGAAUCGAUUCAUACAAAAAAGAGAAAUAGACUUGAACAUGCAAAGUUGAAUGCGUUGGUGUUUGUGAAAUAUAACUUCAAGCUUAGGGAGAGAAGUAUUAGGAGGAGAGACAAGAUUGAUCCCAUUGUAGUUGAUGAAAUUAAUUCAGAUGAUGAAUGGAUAUCUAAGAAAGAAGGUCCAGUUCUCCCUGUAACUACUAAAUGACUUGAAGAUGAUUAAUUAUUUGAAAGUGAUCCUAUUGUGAGCGUGCCAUCUGCUACCUUUGAAAGUCUUUUCGACUCAGAUAAGCGAGUCGAAGAUGUUGAGGAUAUAGUUGAAGUUCCUCCUACGAAUUCAAAAAAGAGUUGCUGAAAAUUCAAGUAAGCACUAAGCAUAUGCAAAUUAUUUAUUUAUAUCUACUUCAUCUAUAAUUGAUUCUUAAAUGUUGUAUCUCUUAUAUAAUAGGUGGAAGCAAAGACAAACAAGCAAGGUUGAGUCUUGUUGAUGUGGAAGAUAAUCAUCUUGAUGCUGAAAAUUAUGGAGUAAUUCCAACUUUUGAUAGUGGAAAUUUUCUAACCAUAGACACUAUUGAUGAUGAUAGUGAUAUAGAGUUGGAUGAUACUGAUUAUUUUUAAGUUAUGUUGUUUUAAUUAUAAGACUUUUUAAAUUGUUGGUAUGGGAUAUUUUGACAUGUAAUGAAUUAUUAUGAUUAAUUUUAGGUUAUGUUAUUUUCAUUUUACUUAUAUAAGUAUAUUUUAUUUUUUAAAAUUUAAACAUUGACGUGCACGAAAAGCUUGCGCUAUACGCUACGCUAUUUACGCUACGCAAUGACAAGACAAAAACGCUAUGAACCAACACUACGCGAUUUAAAACACUGAUAUCUAGUUGAAAAUCUUCAGCAACGCUCAAUAAUAAAUCCUCAAACUCGUUAUGAAUUUCAUACACAUUUGUUAGGUUUCAAGUUUGGACUUGGGAUCAAUCAAAAGUCAGCUAGAUCUUUAGAGUUUUUGAAAAUCAACUUAAUUAGAUAAAAUUUCAAAUGAUCAUUCUUUCACUUUAAAUUUGACUAAAUUUCAACCAUUUUCAUAUACUUUCAAGUGAAAUCUAACUUUUUUUUUAAACUAUUUUCUAUGAAUAUCAUUUUUUAAAAAACUUUAUAUAUCCUCACGUGAUGAUUGAUUUCUCAAAGGAGAUUGGAUUGACCUUUAUUGAUACUCAUUAAACUGGAGAGAUCCAUAUCGAUAGCAGCUUAUUUUAAUAGCUAAACUUAAUAGAGAUUCAUUAUACCUUUUUGAAGCUUAUUGCUAUUUGUAAUGUAAAACUUAAUCAUCUAGGUAAUACACUUUGUAUUUUUAUUUUUAAGCAUAAUAUUCUAUCCAAGGAAGCAUCAUAAAAUUUGGGAUACACUUCCAGAUAAAGAAAUAACUGGCUUACAGUAGUUGUAUGGUACAAGUACAUCUUUAAAUAUGAGCAUCUUUCUCAGUUUUCUAUCUAAUCUCUAUUUUUUACAUAGAGCUUAUUGUCUUCAAUUAAGGUUUAUAGACACUCACUUUUUAUGUUAAUUUAUUAUUGAACUUAAAAAAUAUAAGUUUCUGUAUUUGACUUCUCUAACUGUAGUUUG